AUUAUAAUAAGCAUAUCAUCAUUCAUCAAGUAAACUUGCAUACUAAAUAUGAGAAACGUUGUUCUUUUUUCCCUCCCUUUUUUGCUAAUAUGCUUUCAACUAUGUUUAGCUACAAAUACUUUACACUUUGGCAAUAAUAUAUCUCAGGACAACUCAAAUAACCUUGUUUCACUUGAAAGGAAAUUUCGACUGGGUUUUUUCUCCUUACCAAUUGAAAGUGGUAGCAACACCGAGAAUCUUAAAAAAUACUUGGGAAUAUGGUAUCACGAUCUGGAACCACAAACAGUGGUUUGGGUAGCCAACAGAAACAACCCUAUUGUAGAUUCUAAAGGAGUUUUUCAAAUCGCAAAGGAUGGAAAUAUGGUAGUAGCAGAUGCAUCACAAAGUUACUGGUCCACAAACUUAGAAGCGUCCUCGUCAAGAAAAAGGGUAGUGAAGCUCUUGGAUUCUGGAAACCUAGUGCUUAUGGAUGAUGAUCAUGGUUACUUGUGGCAAAGCUUCCAACAUCCAACAGAUACAUUUCUUCCAGGUAUGAAAAUGGACAUAAAUUUAGCUUUGAGUUCUUGGAAAAAUGAGAACGAUCCAGGAAUUGGAAGCUUCGCCUUUCAGAAGGCACAAACAGGCGACCCUCGAAGCUAUAGAGUAAACAAUCAGUCACAACUUUAUUGGGCAUUUGAUGGACACAAUUCAGAUAAGAUGUUCAACAUCAUUCUUGACUUGUUGGAGAACUCGACCUCUAAUUCAUUGCACAAGUAUAGAGACAUAACCAUCAAACAACGAUCUUUUAAUUACGAUAAAUCAAGGUUAUUAAUGAAUUCUACUGGGGAUAUACAAUUUUGGAGGUGGUAUGACAUUCAAUGGAUGAACGAGUGGUCGCGGCCAUCAGACGUAUGUGACAGACAUAAUUAUUGUGGUAGCUUUAGCAGCUGCAACAAAAAUAAUUGGAUACCGUGUAAGUGUUUGCCAGGAUUUCGUCGCAGGUUGUCGGAUAAUGAUCAUGGUUACCUUGGAGAACGCUACCAAGGAUGUGUUAGAAAAUCAUCCAAACAGUGUGUCACAGCAGCUACCGACAAUAACAUGAUAUUCAUCAAACUAACCAACAUAAAAGUGGGAAACCCAGACCAAGGAUUCUCAUCUGAAACAAAAGCAGAUUGUCAAUCUUUAUGCCUUAACAAGUGUUCGUGCAAUGCUUAUUCAUAUAAAGCUACAUAUAAUGAUCGUAGUUACUUUUCUUGUUGGAUAUGGACACGACAAUUACCUACACUUCAAGAGGAGCAAGAUGAUGGUCGUGAUUUUUCGAUCCUAGUCAAUAGUUCAGAUAUAGAAUCAACUGCCAAAUCGUGUGGACCUUGUGGCACAUAUAUAAUUCCAUAUCCUCUAAGCACCGGGCCAACAUGUGGAGACCCUAUGUACAACAAAUUCAAUUGUAACUUAUUGACAGGUCAGGUUAGUUUCAUGAUGCCAGAUGGAAAAUCCUAUCGAGUUACCUUGAUUGAUGAAGCUGGUAGAAAGUUUUAUAUCCAAACGAAUGAUACAAAUCACUGUGAUGAUUCAAGUAGUUAUCAAAAUGAUAAACCUAGUUCACCAUUUAAUGUGACUAAUUGGUGUUUUAAAGAUGAUCAAAUAGAGGUCAAUUGGGCAGCAGCACCACAACCACAAUGUGAUGAGUAUUUUAGCUGCAAAAGUUGGCCCCAUUCCACAUGCAUUGCAAACAGUAGUGGUGGAGAAAAUAGGUGCCAUUGUGAUUCAAAAUAUAUCUGGAACCCCUCAAGUUUAAGCUGUAUCAAAGGAUCCAAACACUAUCCAAAGCCAUUAACUCUUGCAGUAAUUUGUAUAGUCAUUAUUAUCUUAACAUGUACGGUGGUGUUUGCUUAUAUACGGAGAAAGAAAAUUGGCCACAAGCUUGAUAAGGUGAGCAUUCAAAUUCAGGAGAGCUUGCACGACAGUGAAAAGCAUGUGAGAGAUUUGAUUGGCUUAGGAAAUAUAGGAGAAAAUGACAGUGAAAGCAUUGAAGUACCCUAUUAUACUUUUAGAAGCAUUCAAGCAGCUACAAAUAAUUUUUCAGAUUCAAACAAGCUUGGACAAGGAGGUUAUGGCCCUGUCUAUAAGGGAAGGUUUCCUGGAGGUCAAGAGAUUGCUAUCAAGAGGCUUUCGAGUGUUUCAACUCAAGGCUUGCAAGAAUUUAAAAAUGAGAUUGUUUUGAUUGCCAAACUUCAACAUCGAAAUCUUGUUAGGCUUAGGGGCUAUUGCAUUAAAGGAGACGAAAAAAUCCUACUGUAUGAAUACAUGUCAAACAAGAGCUUGGACACAUUUAUAUUUGACCGAACACGAACUGUACUUUUGGGUUGGAAAUUGCGGUUUGACAUUAUUGUUGGCAUUGCCCGAGGGAUGCUUUAUCUCCACCAGGACUCGAGAUUGAGAGUGAUUCAUAGAGACCUUAAAACAAGCAACAUUCUUUUAGAUGAUGAGAUGAUUCCAAAGAUAUCAGACUUUGGUCUUGCCAAAAUAUUUGGGGGGAAAGAGACUGGAGCAAGCACCCAAAGAGUAAUGGGAACCUAUGGAUAUAUGUCUCCAGAGUAUGCUUUGGAUGGAUUCUUUUCAAUCAAAUCAGAUGUUUUUAGCUUUGGCGUAGUCCUACUAGAGAUUCUCAGUGGUAAAAAGAACACGGGUUUCUUUCGAUCACAACAAAUUUCUAGCCUCUUGGGAUAUGCAUGGAGAUUAUGGACAGAGAAUAAGUUGCUGGAUUUAAUGGACUCAGCUCUUAGUGAAACUUGCAAUGAGAAUGAAUUUGUUAAGUGCGCACAAAUUGGACUCUUAUGCGUACAAGAUGAACCAGGCAAUCGACCCACUAUGUCAAAUAUUUUGACAAUGCUUGACGGUGAGACUGCAACCAUCCCAAUUCCAUCACAACCAACCUUUUUUACAACCAAACACCAAUCAUGCAGUUCUUCUUCUAGCAAACUAGAAAUAAGUAUGCAAAUUGAUAGUAGCUAUCAAGAAGGUCGAUAGUGCACGAUAGAGGUUAAACUCUUAAUUAGAAGUAUUUUCUAAUGUUUAUAUAGUUGGUAAACAUAUCUCCAUGUGGUUUCAAUUUUUGACACCAUAUCCUCAUCUAAUUUUUAAAAAUUGAACCAGGGAAAUCUUUAGAUUACGGUGCAAUUGGUUGAAUCGGAUAAUGAAAUAAGGGUUUUGCUAA